AUUUUCUAGUAAUUCUUGCAACAUUGGCUGGCCAUAAAUAUUUAAAUAUUUAACUAGAGUGGUUUAUUUUGCAUUGGGCAAAACAACUCAGUCCAUCAUCAAAUCUCCACCAUCAGCAAUCGAGCCCCAGCAUUACUAUGCUCAAGCAUUGCAAUGCGAUAAAGAUCUAUGUCUUUUAUGUCCGUUUCCUUUUUACAUCUAUCUGCGGUCUUGAAUAAAUACACCCGAAACAUAGCGGCAGGCUGCAGCUAUUUUUUAUGUUUAUUUAGUUGGCACUUUGGCACCUUCAUUCACAGUCCAUUCACCAAGAUACAAGUAUCAAUACAGCAGUUUUGCUUAUGUUCUUUGAAAUAUCCAUUUCCUCUAUAGCGAAUAUAAAACAUACAUCUCUCUCUUUAUCCUUCUAUCUCUUCAAUGCUAACCCCAUUUCUCUCUCUCUUUUCUUUUGUUUACUCUCAUCUACUUCACCCCAUAUACCGCACCACCAGACGAAGCAUCAUGUUUGUCUUCCGGGCAGAGGACUUGCCCAAGGAUCCUGUCUUUCCUGCUGAUCUGAAGCAGCUUGGCUACUUCAUCAAUGACCAGGACCAGAUCAAAAAGAUCUCGAACCCCGAAGAGGACUUUGUUUUCAAAAUCAAUACCAAUGAUCGCUACAAUGAGAUGCAGAAGGAAGCUAUGAAUACAUGUAUCCGACAAAUCGUCAUUUCCCGUCUCCUCAAUCUGGGUCUCGAGACCCUCCGUCUCCCAAUUGGCGCAGCAGCAAACUCUCAACAUGUCCCCAUCCUAACAUCCCCAGCCUUCCAAUACCAGCCCCGCCUCAUCGUCGUCUUUGGCGAUCCAACCCAAGACCUGGGCAUCUGGGCCUAUCGCGUCAUCAGCAAGAAGGGUAUCAACAUCGGCUCCGCCGUGAACUUUGCAACCGCGGUUGUAGGCGAUAGCAGCAGCAGCCCCAUGGGUUCUGAGUAUCAAACCGCUAACACGAACGUCGCUAAUUCAAGUAAGAAUCAGGAUCAGAAACAGAGCCAGGAUAACUGGUCCAACUCCCGCACGGGAACGGGCCUUAUUCUGACAAACCCAGGCCAGCUGGUAUGGCACUGCGGCAAGGAACAGGCUAUUUCGCUGCCAAUGUGGCAUGCUCUUCCUCGGCGCAGUGCCGUGGAGCCGCCCAUGCGGAUGACGUUCCGGAAUAAGAUCCCCGGUAACGAAACAUGGCAGGAUCACAUUACUUAUGUCUUUGAGGAGGUGCUGGGGAAACUUGCGGCGCCCGACGUGAAGAUCGAUGUCAUCGGGUUGGCAGAGGGGGGAUUAGGUGCCGUGAGAUAUUUGGCUGAGCACUGGCCAACCUGGCAAUCCCGCAUCUCCUCCAUCUGCCUCACCAACCCCCUCCACGACACAAACCACCUCCACCCGCCAGAAUUCGCCACCUUCAUGUCCACACGCAGCCGCGCCUACCUACUCUCCGAGAAACCACUCAGCACGCCCGUUGCGGGUCGCUACGAGUUCGGCUGUAACUGUUAUUCGGCCGGGGAGGCGUUGGAUGUCGAGUCUAUCAUGCCCAGGGCCUGGGGUGGUAUGCUGAAGUGGCUGGAUGUUAUGUUUGAGAAUAGCGCGCUGGAGGAGGUUGAGGUUAUUGUGGCGGAAGAUGGGGAGGGGGAGGGGGAUGUGGUGGCUUCUUAAAGGGAUGGAGUGGGUGGGUGGGUACAUGGGGUCUGUUUGAGGGGUUUGCGGAGGGUGGUGGUAUUUUAUUGCCUUUUUUUUUUUUUCUUUU